GGUGACUCUUUCAGCAUAUUGAAAAGAAGUUAAUCUGCAUGCCGUGCAGUAGUCCUACACAUAGCGAAAAUGUCGACUAAAGUAGAGUAUGACUGCAUAGUGAUCGGGGCAGGUGUCCAGGGCUCCUUCACGGCCUAUCAGCUGGCAAAAAACGAACAAAAGACUCUUCUGCUGGAGCAGUUCGUCCUGCCCCACACCCGAGGGAGCUCCCAUGGCCAGACCCGCAUUAUCCGCAAGGCCUACGAGCAGGACUUCUACACCCACAUGAUGGAGGAGUGCUACGAGCUAUGGGCUAAGCUGGAGAGGGAGGCAGGUGUCAAACUUUACAGACAAACAAGACUCCUGGUGAUGGGACCAGAGAACAGUCAGAGUUACCAGCUGUUUAAGAACACUCUGCAGAGGAACAAGGUUCCUGUGGUGAUCCUGACCCGUGACAACUUCAGCCAGCACAUACCCCAUGUCAACCUGGCUGAGGGAGAUGGAGCUGUGGUGGACAUAACUGCUGGAGUUCUGUAUGCUGACCGUGCACUCAAGACUGUACAGGGGCAGUUUCAGAAGUUGGGUGGGGUCAUUAGAGACAAAGAGAAGGUAACAGAAAUCAAGCCUGGCCCUGUUGUGACACUGUCAACCUCUGCUGGUGUUUAUCAAGCCAAGAAUGUGGUGAUCACCGCUGGACCCUGGACUAAUAGACUGCUGGCCCACACUGCCUUACAGUUGCCACUACAGGUGGUGAAGAUCAACGUGUGCUACUGGAAAGAGAAGGUUCACGGAUCAUACGAUGUGAAGCAGCAUUUUCCCUGCUUCUUGCUGACUGAGGGUGUGGAGUCCAAAGAACACAUCUACGGCCUCCCAUCCAAUGAGUACCCAGGCCUGGUGAAGAUAUGCUACCAUAUGGGCAGUGAGACAGACCCAGACCAGAGAGACAAGCAGACAGACAGGUCUGAUAUUGACAUCCUCCAGCGCUACAUCGCCCGCUGUUUACCUGGCCUGGUCCCUGAACCUGCUGUGGUGGAGAGCUGCAUGUAUACGCUAACACCUGACCGUCAUUUUGUGCUGGACUGCCACCCCGCCUACAGCAACAUUGUGAUUGGAGCAGGAUUCUCAGGUCACGGAUUCAAGUUUGGACCAAUCAUUGGCAAGCUUUUGAGUGAACUCAGCCUGGGAGAAGUGCCAUCCUGGGACCUGUCACCUUUCCGAAUCAGGCGCUUCCAGGCAAAGACCAAAUCAGCUUUAUAGAGCUGGGGCUAGAUACUCAGACCAUCAACAAGUUGUUGAUUUGAGAUUGUCAUGGAAAUUUAGCACUAAAAACACGAUCACACAAUGACUGCAUGUUUUGUCUACUGCUUUAUCAUUUUAUGUAGUCAAUGUGUGUUGCCAAUUCCACAUGGUGUAAUCAGUGUGUACAUGCAAAUAGGUUACAGUCGGCUUUCUACAGGAAUCUGAUUUCUUAAAGGAAUAGUUUGACAUUUUGGUAAACAGGUUCAUUCACUUUUUUUGCCGAGAGUGAGAUGAGAAGAUCAAAACUAAAUAUGAAGCUAUAGCCAGGAGGUGAUUAGCUUAGUUUAGCAUAAAGACUGGAAGCACAGUGAAACAGCUAGCUUGGCUCUGUCCAAAGUAAAAAAAUAUAAAUAAAUCUGCCUACCAGCAAGUUUAAAUUUUGCUAAUGAACACAUCUCAUUUGUUUACUCCAUUGCACAAACAAGUACAAGUUCUGGUUUUACAGGGAGUUACAUGCUGAAACUAUAUUUCCCAAAAUGUCGAACUAUUCCUUCAAACGUCAUGUAUAAGAGAAAGCUGGUUUCAAUAAUUGGUGUAGAGGGGAUUACAGAAGCCAGAUGGUGGAGAAAGCAGAUUACUUGGCCACAUAUACAAGAUACAACACAGGGUUGUAUAAUGAGAUUUUGUGUUGUAGUUCCCUUUAUGCUUCUCAAAAAAAAAAUAAAAAAAAUUGGGGGGGUACUGUUCUUUAGUAUCCUGUGGGCUCAGCGCAGGCACCUCACAU